CCCCAAUUGGCCACCCCUCUCCCCACCAUUAGCUCGUCUCAGCCUCCCGAACAGAGCGCUGCCGCAUCCUCCCUUUCACAGUCUCUCGUCUCUCCGAGCAAUCGAAGUUACCUAUCUUUUACAACCUUAACUUCCGCCGUUGGUGAUCUCUCCACCGCCGCUAAUUUAUCAGUUCGACAGAUUCCAAGAUGGGAAUCAAAAAACAAAAGCGUCAACGAAGAGCUGUGAGAUUCUACACUACAUGUUGUGGGUUCCGGCCUCCCUUUAAGAUCUUCUUGGAUGGUACUUUUGUGCACCAUCUUAUCUCCAAUCAGAUAAUGCCCGCUGAUGAUGCCAUUGCUAAAACUGUUGGAGACAAAGUUAAGCUUUUUACCAGUAGAUGUGUACGCUUAGAGUUGAGAGCUCUUGGCCAAUCAUACUCCCGAACUUUUGAGGCAGCUAAUCAGUUGUUCACUGCGAGAUGCAACCAUGUACAAAGAAAGAGUGCUGAGGCAUGUAUCAGGGAUGUGAUUGGGGAAUCAAAUCCUGAGCAUUUCUUUCUUGCCACUCAAGAUGCUAAUCUUAGGCAGCAGCUUCGUGAGAUCCCUGGGGUCCCACUCAUAUAUGGUCUGAGAAAUGCACUUUUCAUGGAGCAACCAUCCGAUGUGCAACGACAGUUUGUUAAGUCUUUAGAAGAAGAAAGAAUGCACAUGUCUGAGGCAGAAAGAAGUUUAUUGAAGAGAAAAAGGAAGUAUGAGGUGGAAUCCGAUAAAACUAAUGGACCUGAAGAUUUUGGAGAUCAAAAUUCAGAACCGCAGGUCUUCGAAAAAAAGAAGAAAAAGAAAAGCAUUCCAAAUAAUAUGAUAGACAGAGCUCAAUUCAAGCGAAACAAAGCAAAGGGUCCGAAUCCACUUUCAUGUUUGAAGAAAAAGGUCAAACCAAGCUCACAUCCUGUUGCAGAGAAGAAGAAGGAUGAUGGUAAUGAUGGUAAUGCUGCUCCAAAGCAGACUCGGAAACGCAAACGGUCACGAAAGGGCAAAGAGCCAACCGAGAAUGUUGCGUCAUAGUUGUUGAAAGAAGGUUGGGAUGUUGUUUCCCGUUAUUUUUGCUGUGGUUUUUCUCUAGAUACCCUAUGCAGGAAGGUUUUGAAUCUCUUUUGUGUUUAGAUACACAAGUCUAUUGUUUUAAGAUAUAAAGUAGUUUACAAAUACAAGGCAUUUUCAUUUAUCGAAUUCCAUUUCUUGUAGUACAAUGUAUUUAAUUAGUAAACCAUGUUUUUUUGCAAGUUAAA